AGCUACAGCUACGCAUGCUUUCUACAACUAUGAAGCUGUUAACACCCAUCCCGUGUUUUAUAUUACCUCACCGUUAUCUGACAUCCAAAACCUCGAGAGUCAGAUUUGCACCAAGUCCUACCGGCUACCUUCAUUUGGGUGGUUUACGCACUGCAUUAUAUAACAAAUUAUUUGCUAAAUCGCAAAAAGGUUCACUUAUUCUUCGAAUUGAGGACACUGAUCAGACACGGAAAGUAGAAGGCUCUAUUGAUGCUCUAGUACAAGAUUUACAAUGGGCUGGUAUUCAAUGUGAUGAGGGCCCUGGCAUUGGUGGUCAAUAUGGCCCCUAUAUUCAAAGCGAAAGACUUGAUAUAUACCAGAAAUACAUCAGUAAACUCCUUGACAAUGGUACAGCAUAUAGAUGUUUCUGUACAGAACGUAGAUUAAAUUUGCUGCGUAGAGAUGCAAUGAGAACACAUAGUAUACCAAAGUAUGAUAACAGAUGUCGUAAUCUAUCAUUUGGAGAAGUCAUGGAAAAAUUGAAUGCAGGUACUCCAAACUGUAUCAGAUUCAAGCUGUCAUCCGAGUGCCAGUUUUUUCAAGAUUUGAUCUUUGGUGGCAUUGCGUAUGAUGUGUCCAUCAACGAAGGAGACCCGGUGUUAAUGAAAUCUGAUGGGUUCCCGACUUAUCACUUUGCUAACGUCGUCGAUGACCAUCUGAUGGCAAUAUCUCAUGUGCUGAGAGGACUCGAGUGGCAGAUUUCCACAACCAAACAUAUUUUAAUUUACAAGGCAUUUGGAUGGGAACCUCCCAAGUUUGGUCACUUGCCUCUCAUAGUGAAUGCUGACGGUACCAAGCUGAGCAAAAGGCAAAGUGAUGUUAAGGUGGAGGAUUAUAGACGGAAAGGAGUGUAUCCGCUGGCGCUGGUGAACUACAUCACGCUAUCCGGCGGCGGGUUUGACCACGUGCCCGGCGCUGGGAUCAGACUGAAAUCAAUGGACGACCUAGCUGAAGAAUUUCAGUUACGUAAAAUAUCAUCACAUCCGAGCCGUCUCAAUGCAGAUUUGCUUGAUGAAUGCAACAAACUUGAAAUUAGACGCCGUUUGCGCGACGAGCACGAAUGCCGAGCCCUCGUUGCUACGCUACAACAACUAGUGGAAUGUUCGUAUCCCAACGAGAAGUUGAACGUGAGCCCCGAACAUGUCCGAGGAGUUCUCGAGUGGGCGACCUCCAGGAUCACCACGCUCCAAGAGCUGGUGACGGACAAAUAUGGAUUCUUAUGGAUUCUUCCAUCAAAUACUGACCAAGCUGAAAUUAAUAAGGACGUACUUGAAAAGUUAAUACCCGUUUUAGAAUCGUUAUCAAAUUAUGAUAAUAUACAUAUAAAACAAAAUCUGAGGAACUUCUGUACCGAAAAUAAUGUAAAGUUUCCAAUUCUUAUGAAAAUGCUCAGAUCAGUUCUCAGCGGUCUCACCGAGGGUCCCGGCGUGGCUGAAAUGAUGCAGCUGCUUGGUAAACAGCAAUCCUUGUUAAGAAUAAAAACAUUUAUUAAAUGAUA